AUGACUGAUGCUCAAAAGUUUGGACACAGUACUGCCCGCAGAUCGGUACUUCCACUUACAAAGGAUGACAUUACUGAAGGUAUCGGUCUGGUAGAUCAAGAUGAUAACAUCAGUAUGGAUAACUCAAUUCAAUCUACAUCAUUAACAUCAUAUGCCGCAAGGCAGCAUAGAAAGUCAAAAAGCAGAAGAAUCCAUGAGAAUUUCAAUUCGAAAUUCCGUAUUCCUAGGUAUUUUAAAAGGCUAUUUAAUAUCAAGUCUCUUGAUUUUGAAACGUCCGUUUGGGAUAUGAUUAAUCUUAUACUAAGACCAAAACAAGUGUAUCGAUCAUUGUACUAUCAAAAGGAAACAAGGAACAAAUGGUCACGGGAUGAUCCUAGCUUUGUGAUUUUAUUAUGCGGGUUGCUUUCAGUUAGUGCCGUUGGCUGGAGUCUAGUAUACGCGAGAUCUUUUGGAAAGUGCAUAAGGUUAAUAUUUCAUAUGGUAGUGGUUGACUUUCUGCUGGCAGGUUUUAUAAUCGCAACUUUUGGAUGGAUCAUAUCCAGCAAAUUACUUUUGGACAAAAAUAUUAAGGAUGGUUCAUCUUUCAGCACCGAUGGUUUCUUGCGCCGCAUCAUUCCAUUCAAUUCACCGGUUGAAUGGGCAUAUUGUUUCGAUGUUCAUUGCAACGCAUAUUUGCUAAUUUGGGUUCUUCUCUAUCUCAUUGAGUUAGUGCUCUUGCCAGUUUUGAGACUUGACAAUUACAUUGCAACAUUGUUGGGAAAUACCCUAUAUUUCAUUGCAUUGACAUAUUACUUUAUCAUCUCGUUCUAUGGUUAUAAUACGCUUCCAUUUUUGCAUAAAACGGAAUAUAUUCUUCUUUUCAUACCGGUUCUUGCUGUUAUAUGGCUUAUCUUGUCGCUUUCAAAUAUAAACCUUGCGGCAUACAUGUUGAAGUACUAUUUCAGCUGA